AUGGUUGAGGAGUUGGACUUGCUGUAUGCAUCGUUGUCUCUAACGGAAAAGGAGAAUGAAGAGGUACUGGUGGAGUCCAGUAUGGUGGAAGAGGUUCUUGCUAAGGGAAAGCACUGUUUGAUUAUGUGUUUACUUACUAGAAAACACUAUAAUCAUGAAGCGUUCAAGGCUACUAUGAAGAAAGUGUGGAGGCCAGUAUACGGGAUAAAGUUUAGGGAUCUGAAUACCGUCUUCACGUUGAUUGAGUUUGAAGACGAGGGAGAUAAAUCUAAGGUAGAAAGGGAUGGUAUGUGGCAUUUUGACAAACAGUUGAUCCUCUUGAAACCAUUUGAAGGCUCUAUGCAAAUCAGCUCGAUCCAAAUUAAGCAUGUUGCUUUUUGGGUGCAAAUACAUGACCUUCCAUUAAUGGCUCAGAACUAUUAUGUGGGAAAACGGGUGGGUAGCAUGCUGGGAGAAGUUUUUGAAAUAGAUUUAGAAAAAGGGGAAGUUGAAUGGGGAGAAUACAUUAGGAUUAGGGUUAUGGUUGAUAUAACCCAACCUCUUCAGAGGAGGAAAUGGUUAAAGAUUGGAGAUGGUGAUUCCUGUUGGGUCCGAUUCUCGUAUGAACGUCUACCGAACCUAUGCUAUUUUUGUGGUGUAUUAGGUCACACAGUGCAAGAAUGCGAGAAAUCUCCGGUGGGUGAAUCUUCUGAACAGUUACAGUACGGAGAAUGGAUGAGGGCAGCUUUCGGUUCUAAUCGACGUGAAGGGACGUGA